AUGGCACGCCAAACCCCAGCCCGCUCCACUCGAAGCAGGACAACGCAUAGCCAUCAGCACAAUAAUAAUACUUCGCCUCAAGACCAGGUUCCAAAAAUCUAUCAAGAAAUGCUAGAUGAGGCUGAAGCGCGAGACCCCGAGCAAUUCCAUUUGGAUAGACCAACCAAGAGACGCAGAGUUGGAGAUACCAAAGCAAUUCCUAUCAACACUCCAGCGUUAAAACAGACCGGCAGUGUGGACUAUGCAACUCCAGACAAAAAAGACACUCAACAAGUACAAACCGUUUACGACUCAAGUACAGAAGACGAGUCGGAUAUUGAGUGGGAGGAUGUGGAUAUCCAGCAACCGGUCCAGGAGCCUCCCAGUACAAGUGCUGUAUCACAGGGAGGAGACGAGACCCUUCAAAUCAUCUUCGAUAAAGAGCCUAAACCCCAAAAACAGACUGCACCCAGAAGAAAGCCCGUCACUGCAGCAGAGAAAAAGUUGCGCCUAGAAAUCCACAAAACUCACCUGCUUUGUCUUUUGGCUCAUGUGAGCCUACGGAACCGGUGGUGCAAUGAUCAUGAGACACAGACCUUCCUGAAAAGAAUGCUUCCAAAGAGGAUAGUCUCAUUAUUGCACCCAGACGAGAAACAGCAGCAAUAUACCCGGUCAACAACUUUCGUGGAUGGCCUCAAUCAAGUAGCUGAUAUCUUCAGCCGAAAAUUUCGAGUCACCAAACCUGGCUUGAAGCGAGCACACUGGGCCGAAGAUCAAACUCGACUCAAAGAGAGAGUGGAGUCGAUUAUGACGGAUGCCGAGGUAUUCUUAUCUCAGGCAGAUUUUCGGUCUCAGGCAAAAUUGUUGCAAGGCUCACGAGACUUUGGCGCCCAGCUAUUCUGUGCUCUACUACGUUCGGUCUCUGUAGAAGCGAGGCUGGUGUGUUCUCUUCAGCCACUACCAUUCUCAGGAACUCUGAAGGAUAUGACGCCAUCUAAAGCAGCAUCAAAGUACAUUGUCAUAUCUUCUGAUGACCAUGACUCAUCAAUGGAUGAACGGCAGCAAUCUGGAAGUUCUUCAACUCCAACGAGGGCACGACGUAUUGGACGUCCUGAAUUUAUCUCACGACCAGCGAAACCCUCUACGCGCCCAGAGCCCCGUCCCAUGUCUCAAGAGUCUGCGCACCCGGUGUUUUGGGUUGAGGUAUUCAACGAAGCAGUCCAAAAAUGGUUUGCAGUUGAUCCAAUCGUGACCAAGUCUUUGGCAAAACCAUCUAAGUUUGAACCUCCUGCAAAUGACCCAUACAAUAACAUGAGCUAUGUAAUUGCCUUUGAAGACGAUGCCUCCGUGCGAGAUGUGACAAGGCGAUACACAAAGGCAUUCAACGCAAAAACACGCAAAUUUCGAGUCGAGUCUACCCGGAAUGGAGAAAAAUGGUGGAACAAGGCAAUGAUGGCAUAUGAAAAGCCAUUUCUCGAGGAUCGAGACGAGGCAGAGAUUAGUGAACUGACCUCUAAGUCGGCCGCUGAACCUAUGCCCCGAAAUAUCCAGGACUUCAAAGAUCACCCCAUUUAUGCAAUUAAUAGGCAUUUGCGCCGGAAUGAGGUGAUUUUCCCUGAACGUGUCAUUGGUCACGUUGGCUUAAGCAAAACGACAUCCAAAAGCGAUAAUUUGGAACCUGUUUAUCGUCGGUCUGACGUGCACGUGGUGCGUAGCGCAGACAAAUGGUACCGUUUAGGAAGGGAUGUCAAGCUUGGGGAACAACCUCUCAAACGUGUUCCUGCUACACGCCCGAAAAGCGGAUUCGCGAGUGACGAAGGAGAGGAAUCCGAGCACACUCCUCUCUAUGCUGAAUUCCAAACCGAGGUUUACAAGCCGCCACCAGUAGUUGGGGGUCGAAUUCCCAAGAACGCCUAUGGAAACCUGGAUGUUUAUGUCCCAAGUAUGGUGCCACCUGGAGCAGUUCAUAUCAAACGCACAGAGGCUUCUCGAGCUGCUCGAAUCAUGGGGGUAGACUUUGCAGAUGCUGUUACUGGAUUUGAUUUCAAAGGGCGCCGUGGAACUGCUGUCUUCGGGGGCAUAAUCAUUGCCAAAGAAUACCAGGAAGCUUUGGACGAGGUCCUGACGAGUAUGGAGGAUGAAAGACAACAUGCUGCAUUUGAAGCCAGGGGUGCAGAAGCUCUGGCAAUGUGGCGACUAUUUCUACUCAAGCUCAGAAUUGCAGAAAGGGUUCAAGGCUAUGCGUCCGAGAAUGAGAGAACAGGCGAUUCAAAUCCGAGAGAGACAAGUGUGGACCCGGCUGAAGCAGGCGGAGGGUUCUUUCCAGAGCCAGAUCAACCGACCAGAAGCCCAUCCCAAGGAAUUUGGAAUGAAGGGCAGGGAAUGGGCAUGGAUGCUGAAGGAGACACUAAUACCAAUAUCCUUAAUUCUUUGGAUCUCUCUGAACACGAAGAAGACCAGUUUGGUGGUGGAUUCAUCCCAGAGGAACCUGAGAAAGAGAACCUGACUCCUGAACCAAGCAUAUCGCAUCCUCAACCAACUUCACAAAGAAAAAACAGAACGAAAAUGUCUAGUGCAUCUCGCUAUGAGUUAGUUGUGGUUCCUCACACGUCGAAUCCUACCUCCGAGGAGCUACAGUUGGCUUUUGGGAGUCGAGCUUCCAAAGAGCCCGAGGGAUCUUCUGAGAAAGUUCCCAUUAGUGUGGACUCUCCAGCGAUUGUUGAUUCGAAAUCUAUCAGCCUAGAAAUUGUCCCAAAGCCAAAAUCGCCUCCACAAGCUCCAGAUCGAUCGCUGUUCUCGCCAGACUCCGAAAGCGAGAUUGAGAAAGGAUCGUUAUUAUCCGAAGACCCUGAAGAUGAGGAUGCAAUUCCCGACUGGUUGGUUUGA